AUGUGGUUUAUCUGGCUGUCACCUUUUAGGUUAGAAUUGUAUGCACGUGUGAAUCGUGUGUAAUUAUUUAGUAUUUACAUCAAGAAAUACAGUUAAUAGCACAGCCAAAAUGUCGCUGUACAAUUUUAAGAAAAUUGCGGUUGUCCCAACUGCUAAGGACUUCAUCGAUAUUAUGCUAUCGAGGACACAACGACGAACACCGACAGUCAUACAUAAACAUUACAAAAUUUCACGAAUUAGAAGUUUUUACAUGAGAAAGGUGAAAUACUCCCAGCAGAAUUUCUUCGAUCGCCUCUCGCAAAUAUUGACCGAAUUUCCCAAAUUGGACGACGUGCAUCCGUUCUACGCAGAUCUAAUGAACGUCCUCUACGAUAAAGAUCACUACAAGUUGGCCUUAGGUCAACUAAAUACCGCUAAGCAGUUGAUCGUUAAUGUGUCGAGGGAUUAUUUGCGACUGUUAAAGUACGGCGACUCUUUGUAUCGUUGUAAACAGUUGAAACGGGCUGCGCUCGGACGAAUGGCGACGAUUAUGAAAAGGCAAGGUGCCAAUUUGACGUACCUCGAGCAGGUUAGGCAGCAUUUAGCUCGUCUUCCGUCCAUAGAUCCGUAUACGCGUACAAUAAUUAUCUGUGGAUUUCCAAAUGUGGGAAAGUCAUCUUUUAUUAAUAAAAUCACACGAGCCGACGUUGAAGUACAACCGUACGCGUUUACGACCAAAUCGCUGUACGUCGGUCACACAGAUUACAAAUAUUUACGUUGGCAAGUAAUCGACACACCUGGAAUUUUGGAUCAUUCUUUAGAGGAGCGUAAUGUUAUUGAAAUGCAGGCAGUAACCGCCCUGGCGCAUUUACGAGCGUGCGUCUUGUACGUCCUCGACCUUUCAGAGCAGUGCGGCCACUUGCUCGACGAACAAGUGAAAUUGUUCGAGUCGAUUAAGCCCCUGUUCGCGAAUAAGCCGUUGAUUGUUGUCGCGAAUAAGACGGAUAUUGUCAAAUUGGAGGAAUUGACUCCCGAACGUCGUGCUCUACUUAAGGAACUCGAAGAAGAUCCCGAGAUACCUCUUUUGGAAAUGUCAACAGUGACUGAUUAUGGUGUAAUGGAGGUGAAGAGCCAAGCGUGUGAGAAGUUGCUCAGCUACAGAGUUAAUCAAAAAAUGAGAACCAAAAAGGUUGAUGGAAUCUUAAAUAGAUUACACGUUGCACUCCCCGAAGCUAGAGACGAUAAAAUACGUCCUCCCUGCAUUCCCGAAUCGGUCCUACUGAAAAAGCAACAGACCGCGGAAAAACGUAAACGCAAACUCGAAAGAGAUAUCGAAUUGGAAGAGGGCGACGACUACAUGCUGGAUCUUAAGAAACAUUACGUCGAAAUACCAGAAGACGAGAGAUACGACAUCGUACCGGAAAUAUGGGAGGGUCACAAUAUCGCGGAUUAUAUUGAUCCCGAAAUCUUUGACAAAUUGGAGGAGUUGGAGAAGGAGGAGGAGUUACGUGACGCGUCGGGUAUGUACGUCGCGCCGAAGAUCGAAUUGGAUGAAACCUUGAAAGAGAUUAAGGCGUUGGCAAUCAAAAUUCGUGAAAAGAAAUUUAUACUCAAGGAUGAGGCGCGGAUUAAUAAACAGAGUACUAAACCUAAACUUCCGCGUACCGCCGCUGCUAAGGGCCGCAAUCGCUCCGUAACACGGCUGCGUACACAAAUGUCCGAACUUGGAGUGGAUAUGUCGGAUACCGCAGGUGCACACUUCACAAGAACAAAGUCGCGAGGUCGAUCUGCUGGACCAGUUGCCAAACGUAUGAAAAUGGACGCAACAGAUCCAAGAUCAGCGAGCAAAAAUAGAAGCGUUUCCAGAACACCUAGAAACGAAUUAGGUGUUAGAGAUGCAGUGAUGCAAAGAAAGGCACAUAAACUCGCCCACCUUGCAAUAAGCAAGAAAGUUAAGAAAUACGGUCUUAAAGGUGAAGCAGAUAGAUUUAUUGGAAACAAAAUGCCAAAACACUUGUUUACUGGCAAACGUGGUAUCGGCAAAACAGAUCGUCGUUAAACAUAUUUAUUGUUAUUUAAUAUAUGUUAAUACUUUUUUGAGAAGUGAUGUAAAAAUAAAGUUUUAUAGUAGUAUGACCCAUAA